AUGUCACCGCAUCAAGUCCAAGAUCCGCCGACCGGGCAACGACGGGCGAGCUGGAAGGAGGCUUCCGUAUACCAGAUAUGGCCUGCCUCCUUCAAGGACUCGACAGGGUCGGGAACGGGAGAUCUGAAGGGUGUCAUCUCCAAGGUCGACUACCUCAAGAAGCUGGGCGUCGAUGUCGUCUGGUUGUCGCCUAUCUUCGAAAGCCCUCAAGCUGAUAUGGGAUAUGACAUUAGUAAUUACCGGGUGAUUGAUUCCCGGUAUGGUUCUAUUGAGGACGUAGAUGUCUUGAGGGACAGACUCCACGAACGAGGGAUGAAGCUCGUCAUGGAUCUCGUCAUGAAUCAUACAAGCGACCAGCAUGAGUGGUUCAAGCAGUCGCGCAGUUCUCGCGACAACAAAUAUCGCGAUUGGUACAUCUGGAAGCCUGCCCGGUUUGAUGCGCAGGGCAACCGUCAACCACCUAACAAUUGGGUUAGCCACUUUCAAGGGAACGCGUGGCAAUGGGAUGAAUGCACAGGAGAGUACUAUCUCCACCUCUAUGGCAAGGAACAGCCAGAUCUGAACUGGGAGAACCCUGCGGUUCGCCGCGAGGUGCAUGACACCAUGCGAUUCUGGCUCGACCGUGGCAUCGACGGUUUCCGUUUCGACGUGAUCAACUUUGUCAGUAAGGGCACGGAGUUCCCAGAUUCAUCCAGCGACUUCUUCCCGGGAUCUGAGUUCUAUGCCGCUGGGCCUCGACUCCACGAGUACCUGCAGGAGCUGGGAAGCAUUCUCCAAGAGUAUGACGCCUUCAGCGUGGGCGAGAUGCCAUGCGUCCAUGACACAAAAGAAAUUAUCAAGAGUGUCCAGCAAGACCGAGGCGAGUUCAACAUGAUUUUCCACUUUGAGCUAAUGGACAUCGAUCACGGACCAGAGGGCAAGUUCCACCCCGGCCAAUGGUCACUCUCGGAUCUCAAGAGAACAGUCAACAAGUGGCAGCAAUUCAUGUACCAGAACAAUGGCUGGAACGCCCUGUACAUGGAGAACCACGACCAGCCACGUGCCGUGAGCCGCUUCGCCAAUGACAGCCCCGAGCAUCGUGUGCAGAGCGCCAAGAUGAUUGCGGUCUUCCUUGGACUACAGGCCGGCACUCCUUUCGUUUACCAGGGCCAGGAGCUCGGCAUGCACAAUGUGCCUACUGACUGGCCCAUGGAGGAAUACCAAGACAUUGAUUGCUUGAAUCAUUGGAGACUCAAAGGCGAGAAUGCCGACCCCGAAACGCGGGCAAUGUUCCGAAGGGAAUAUCAGAAGAAGUCCCGCGACAAUGCACGCACCCCCGUGCAGUGGGAUUCGAGCCAGCAUGCUGGGUUUACCUCUGCUGAGAAACCCUGGAUGGCAGUCAACCCCAACUACACUGCCAUCAAUGCCGCAGCCCAGCUCGAUGACCCCAACUCAGUAUUCAACUGCUGGCGAUCAGUUCUGGAGACGAGGAAGAAGUACAAGGACAUUGUCGUGUACGGGCGCUUUGAUCUUGUGGACGAGAAGAAUGACAAGAUCUUUGCGUACUCACGGACAUCGCCCGAGGGUCGGGUCUUGGUUGUGUGCAACUUUUCCGCUGAGAAGGUUGAAUGGGUUGGUAUCUCAGCGACUGUCCAAGAGGUGAUUGCGACAACGACUGGCAGAUCUCAAGAGGGUCUAGAGACGGCAGAGGGCCUUCAGUUGGAGCCCUUCGAGGCCAUUGCUAUGUUGGUAACAGAAUAG